AUUGGACCAUGUUCCGCGCUCGUAAGUUCGUCGAGGUGCCGUCCAAGCGCGUGGGUACGGGGCUGCUGUCGACCGACGCCAGCAAGCGCCAGCGUCUUGAGCACUGGGACGCGCUGUAUGCGCCGCGCUCGGGCAGCGUGGCGGAUGCGGAGGAGAGCGCGUCGCUGCUGGUGGAUUCGCGAAGCUGCACCAUCGCGGAAGGCGCGAGUCUGCCGCCCCAUAUACUGGAAGAAGUGCGCAAGGAGUGGCCUCAUCUGCCUCUUCAUCAGCGUCACCAGAUCCGCUGCUGCCGGGCCUCGGUUCCCUCAGCACGACACCGUAGUGGACGUCAGUGGAUCCAGUACUUUGUCUUCCCACUACGCACCAAGGUGCUACUAUGGCAGCAGGAUCGAGACAAAGUCAUCGCUCUGCAGCUUCCUGACGAACUGGAGCCGGAUGAAGAGCUGUAUCCCUUUCUCUUUGCUCUCUACAGCCAGAGUCUCAGUCUUAUGAUCGUGGGGAAGAGCGGUAUUGUGCUUUUCUGGGAAGAUAUUGAACUCCCGUACGAGAGUGUGCCACUCAGUGUACAAAUCCCACUUUGGAGUAAUGAACAAGUGGCUACACAUCCUAAUGCAGCCAUGUUGGCUACUCAAGAAGGAGCACAAGACGAGGAAAUUCACGACGACGCUACCGGGUUGUUGUGCUGGAGUAACCAGGGCAAUGUAUGGGAAGUUGCAGUGGAGGAUCGACGGAUUCGAGUCCGAGCCUUUGAGAAGCAGAGUGCAGGAUUCCUAUCUGGAAUCACCAAGUCAGUAUCGCAGUUUUUCUUCUCAUCCGCGGCGUCAAGAUCUGGAGCUGAUGGAGGAGAGCUCGACGUGAAUCAGCCUAUUAAGUACUUACGAGUGCUGUCUUCGUCUAUGGCUGAUGCAGCGUCCAUGAGUAGCAGUGGAGGAGAAGUGGAAGAAACGGCGGAUAUGCUGGUAUUGUUCCAAGACGGCAUGUUGGAGCGACGGACGUUCAGCACUGGAGAUGUGAUGGACUGCUCGUGUGUUUCUCAGUGGCAUUUCGACGCUAGUCGUGUCGCUAUUAGUUAUUUCAGUGACAACUUCCCAAAAGCUCAUUUGGCGAAGGUGUACAUCGUUUCGAUGCCUUACGUACAGGAGACGUGCUUCUCGCUGCUAGUGGCGUUUGUGUGCUCUUCGUCGCGUGCUGGCACCAACCCAACAGUCAAGUACGCGCUGCUCCAGUUCUCUCUUGGAGCCGUGGAUGAGGACGCCCCACCUGAGUUGGAGUGGGCGUGUGUGCUGGACUUUGAGCCGGCGUAUGAUGAACAACUCGCCGAUCGGUUUUUCGAGGUUGAGAGUUUUUCCAUUACGCGCGGUGCGCUGUAUCUCGUGUGGACACAGAUGCAGCCGAUUCAGUUUUCUACGAUCCUAUUGCCUCAAACUGGCCAGACAAGUGUGCGCUCGGCGGUAUUCCCGCUUCAAGGUGCUCCGGGUCGACUAGCUCUCGCGUUUGGAGCACGUGUGGACCAGAGUUCGUUCGACAACAACGCGGUGAAGGGAUCUGUGUCGUUUUUGCUGAUGGAAGAAGAUGUCAAGGCGCUGAGUGGAUCCGUGUGUGUAGCUACAGCUUCAGACAUGCAAAAACUGGAACGUUUGGCACCUCUAGUUCCAUCUGAGGCGGCUGUGGAGAAGACACGCAGACGGCGGGAAGAAGCGAGCUGCUACACCAGCGAAUCGUCCCAUUUCUUGGGCGAGAAUUUGAGUGUGGAGGGCUACAUUCACUUGAUUCUGACACACUUCCACGAGCAGCCAAACUCCGCUUCCGCGCUGCGUGUGAACUCAAGAGAUGUGGCUUCUGUUGCUCAAGCCGCAGUGUCUGUAGAUUUCCAGAUUCUGGAUGCCAAGUCUUCUUCUGGACUGCGCUGGGAGAAAGAUGGGAAUAACGAAGCCCCGCCGCAAACUGAGAAGGCUGGGGCUGAUGUGUCUUCAGUCACACCCAAACUGGUGCGCUACCAGUUGGAAGAGAAGAGGAAUCGUCACGUCGCCUUCAUGGAGUUUCUGCAACGUCGAUGUGCGUCGGUGUGGCAGUUUAUUGAAGAAUCGGACGAGCUGAGGCGUCAUUUGACUGAGAAUGAAGAGAAGCUGCAAGCGGCAAUUGCUCUGAGCAAGUUCCAGGCGUCGAUUCUGUCGAGUGCUGAAGAGGACGAAGCUUCUUCUGACGUGGAGAAGAUUCAGCGCCGACUAACUGGGAAGUUCCUUCUUCAUGCGAUCGAAAAAACAGUGGAGAAGCGAGGUUAUCAGAAAGAGCAGCUUCGUCUCGCAGGCUACAACGCAUUUGAUGUCUUCUACUGUGAAGUGAGCAAAAUUGCGGAGCUCUUCCAGCUUUUGGGUGACGAAGUGCAGACUCUUGCGACUUCCAUUGGCGAGAGCGAUCCAACGUAUCUUUACGCUCUGCUAGAGAGCGGCUGUGCCAUGCUCAGUAUGCUCUGCACUCCUGUGCAAAGCUCUACUGCCAGCUUUGAGCUGACUGGAAGCUGGGCUUUUACGCGUGAAGUACGCGAAGUUCUGGCGACUCAAAUCUCGCGCUUGUCUGUUCUCGCUGGUUACUCGCGAGGCUCAAGUAACAAGCCGAUUCGUUGGCAGUACGAUGAAGUAUUCGAGAUCACGGAUCAGAUCCGAAGACUUGGAACUGCCCUGCUCGAUGACUAUGCUCGGUUUAUCCCUCUUGUUUCGAGCGACGAAGCCGAGGAGCUGCGCAAGGAGGAAACGUUUACGAAGCGCGUUACAUUGAACCCAUUGGUCUACAUCGCGACGCAGACUCCGUCUCAAGACAGUGAAGUUGCCAUUGACUUUGACAAGGACGGUGCUGUCACGCGAAAGCGCGCAGAACUGUUCAGUCAAUGUGCUGAGCUCUGCGAGAAGUACUCGUACUUUGAAGGCAUGGUAUUUUUGGUCUUCGUUGAAGACUCGGAGAACCUGUCGAAGCUGGAUUGUGUGCUUGGCAAAUUGCCUAAGAGCCUGGCGUCAAGAAGAUUGGAAGCGUAUUGCAAGAAGCACGAGGGCUUCGACAACUUCGUUUUCCGUUGGUACAAUGGCGAGGUUGAGAACCCGUGGGUACAGGGCACUCAAGAACCUAACGCCACAAUGAUGGUGUAUUUACUGGCGCACUCGCAGAUCUUCGCGCCAUCACUACACAAAUUCAUGAAGAGCCGUGAGCACCUAAGGAAGUAUCGCUGGCUGACAGCUGUCUCUAUCGAGCGGUACGACCAGGUGGCGACGCUAGCAUUACGUGAAGCCAAGGGCGAGCAGCGGUCGUUGCCGAAGCGCAAGACGAUGGCGAGUAUUGCUAAGAUCGCUGCUUUUGCUUCUCCCAGUCUGUCUCACCCUGAGAGGGUUCAGGAGAUCAACCAUGAGCUUGUCCGCGGAAAGCUUCAGGAGCUGUUGUUGCAGCUGCCGUUGAAGGAGCCUAUCAACUCGAAGCCGCUCUCUCCUGAGGAUUUGGUUCACGCCUGCUUGUCAUCAGCUCUAUCCUCCGAGAAAGAUGACCCCAUGAGAACCAACAUUUUCUUGAUGGCUCUUGAAGCGUUAGAGACGCUGGCAACGGACCCGUUGACCGAGCAGUACGAAGAGAUGCGUGCGGGUGUGUGGCGAUCCUGCAUUGUCGAUGAUGGCGAAUUGUGGGAUAACUUGGCUGCCGAGUCAGCUGCGGGUGUGAACGAGGAGAAGCUGGAGUCGCUAAUGCGGCAAACGCUACUCUACAAGGUUAUGAAGGAGCACUCAUCCCGACUGGAGCACUGUGUGCAUGGCGCGCACACUACAGCAGCACUGACGAUUGAGGUCAUUCGGGAGCUGGUACACCGAGAGGGCGAUGUUGACUCAAUCGUGAGCGUUCAGAGCCAACAGCUACUGAUCAAGACGCUGCAUCUGGCACUAUCGUUUGAGUAAUAAACACUUGGAGGUUUACAAUACA